ACUGACAGCGCGGAAAACAACAGCUGAUUGACGAUUGUUGUUCAAUAACAUAUGAGUAUUAAAGUAUGUGAAGGUUGUACCUUUAUUAAAAACAAAUAAAUACAUUUUUAUAUAAUGGAGGUGUCAACAAUUGAAGAAGGACUCAAGAAGUACUUCAAAUUUGAUAAAUUCAAAUCAGAUCUUCAAAGAGAGGCAGUCAUUGAAGUUUGCCAAAGAAAACAUGAUGUUUUCAUAUCGAUGCCAACAGGAUCUGGGAAAUCUCUGUGUUAUCAACUACCAGCCGUACUGCAGGAAGGCAAAAUUUCCAUUAUAUUUUCUCCUUUGCUGGCACUCAUCAAGGAUCAAAUAGAUCAUCUUAUUGCGUUAAAGAUAAGAGCCGCCUCACUCAACUCAAAAAUUGGUAAGGCAGAAAGGGAAUCUCUCAUAGCCGAUUUGAAAUCUACAUCCCCCAAUACCAGAAUAUUGUAUGUCACUCCUGAACAGGCAGCCACAGCCACUUUCAAAGACUUAUAUCAAAACCUACAUAACUUCCAGAAGAUAGCCUAUUUAGUUGUUGAUGAAGCACAUUGUGUCAGUGAGUGGGGACACGAUUUCCGCCCUCAGUAUCAAAGAUUAGGAGAACUCAGAGAAAAAGUUGAUGUGCCUUGCAUUGCUCUUACAGCUACAGCAAAUACAGAGGUUACCAAAGAUAUAAUUACCAGUUUAAGAUUAGGGAAAAAUCACAAAACUUUCAAAACCUCAAGUUUCCGAAGCAACUUGUUCUACGAUGUAUAUUUUCCUAAUAUAUUGGAAGACCCUUUCAAACACCUCAGGGAUUUCAUCAAUGACUGCCUCAAUUUUGAAGCUGAGAAAGAUCUGGCAAAGGAAAAAAAAUCUUGUGGCAUUAUUUAUUGCAGGACUAGAGAACAGACGGAACUUCUGAUGGAAAGACUGAAUAAAUUAGGAAUAAAAUCUUUGUGUUACCACGCUGGACUGAAAACAGAGGAACGAAAGUCAUUUCAGGAUAAGUGGCAAAACGGUGAUGUACCGGUGAUAUGUGCCACUAUCAGUUUUGGAAUGGGAGUUGAUAAAGCUUCAGUCAGAUUUGUUAUACACUGGGGCAGUCCCAAAGAUCCGGCAUCCUUCUAUCAAGAAUCAGGAAGAGCAGGAAGAGAUGGAAAACCAUCUCGUUGCAGAGUUUAUUACAAUCGAUCCGACAGCAAAGCUAUAGAGUUUCAUUUGGUGCAGGAUUUAGGAAAAGCAGGAAGUAAGGAAAACAAGAGAAAGAGGAUGGAAGAAGCUAUAAAAGGAUUCAAGAAAGUCCUUGAGUUUUGUGAGAAUCCCACGGAAUGUCGCCACAGACUUUUUUCCAACCAUUUUGGGGAACCACCUCCCAAAUGUAAAGACAGAUGUGAUUUUUGUAAGGACAAGAAAAAUGUUCAGGAGAUGGUGGAACACUUCCUAACCAAAAGGAUACAAUUCAAUUCUAUGCCCACUAGCUAUUCCAGUACUGACUUUGAUGAUUUAUAUGGAUAUGGAAGAAAGGGGAUAUCAGAUGAACAGGAGGGAUACAAAAAUGGUAAUGAUGGUAGUGAUGAUGAAUUUGGUUCAUUCGAAAGGGAACAAGCAGCCAAAAAAGCUACCAAUGACUUUAUUCAGAAACAAUUUGCUUUGAGAAGAAAUCAGCAGGAAGUUUCUAGAGAAACGAUUGACAAGUUAUUUUCAAAACAUGCGAGAGUCAAAGCAGCUGCAUCUACUUCCAGCAAGGUCAAGGGGCUCACUUUGGCAACCAGAGAGCAAUAUUUGACAAAAUUAGUUGACGUUUUCUAUGAGAACUAUAGCAAGUGUCAAGAAGACCCUACUUUGGAUAGACAGGAUGUUGAAGAUUGCUCAGUGGAUGCAGAGUAUGAAGUUUUUUCAGCUAACACCAAUAUGACCAUGUACAGGAACUCUAUUGCAAGAAUGAUAUCUAACGUGAAAAAACUGACUGCUGAUGAAAUAGUGCAUGAGAAGUUGUUGCUAUUUGAACCGAAACCAGCAAAACAUGAAACAUUGAGUGAUCUCUUUCGAAAUAUCACUAAGGAACAACAACAGAAGAAACUGGGAAACCCAUUUGGAAAAGGUGAAAUUUCUGAUGACAAAGUGAACAUAGUACCUGAAUUCAAAACAGCUAGACAAGAAUUAGAAGAAAAGAUAAAUAUAUCUAGUAAAAACCAACCAUUAAUCAGUAAUUUUUUCAAGAAGAGUUUCGUUGAAAAGAACGAAAUUGAAGAAAAACCGAAAAAAACAUCUGAAAACUCUGUAGAAAUGAGUGGUCGCAAGGAUCUCAAAAGUCUCUUCGGUGACGACGAUUCCGAAGAAGAAAACUUCCCUACUGAAAAAAAUUCAAGGUUAGAUGCCACCGGUGUGAGUGAUAACUGUGAAAGUGUGAAGAAUUCCAGAGAUAAACACAAAAGUAAACAUAGCAAAAGUGAGAAGCACUCUGAUAAGCACAGAGAAAAAAAUAAGGAUGACAAGGAGAGAAAGCGAAGGAAGAGUACAGAAAGGGAGGAUGACAAGAAAAGGAAAAAAGAGGAAGAAAUGUUCCAUAAGAGGUUCCAUUACGACAUCGACGAUGAUGGUGAACUCUCCAGUACAGAAGAAAAAUACAAUGAAUUAGUCAGAAAGGAGACUGUAGACGAAAAACAUAACAUAAUAGACUUAGAUUCUAGCAGUAAUAUGAAAGAGAGCCUGAGUAGAAAUGAUAAACAGGAAUCAAAGUUAGACGAAUCCGUCAUACUUCCUGAAGUCAAACCUCACAAGCAGAACGGUGAAAGCAGCAAAAAGCAGAGGUUGAAGAAAACAGAAGUUGGAGGAUUGGUAGUCAAAUUGUUGACUCCUGCAUAUGCAGAUCGAAGAUUUGAAUCAAGGGAUCUUUUCAAAAGUCUUGCCAGGAGUAUAUCACACGCUUUGGCUGACAAAGAUGAGAAUGAAAUCAAGGAUUAUGUGCACAAGUUCCUAGAAAAGAAUGAAGCGAUUACAUCACAAACGAAAUUGUAGUGUUAAGUUAACUGUAACUUUAUUACAUAUAUGAUGGAGAGGCAAGCUUGUUUAUUGAGUGUCUUAUCAACCAUAAUUGUAUAAUUAUUUGAUAUUAUCUGGGGUUAAAAGAAAUGGUUUCAAUAUUAUGAGUGAUGGAGAAAAAGCCAUGGGUUUGUGCGUUUUAUACGAAAAGUGAUUCUUUAUAUUCUGUAACAAAUAGAAAAGUAAGCAGGUGUUAGAUAUGUCCUCAGUAUAUUUUGUUACUGUUGGGUAUUGUUAUGCAUUUUACAACUUUGCAACCACAGCGUUACUGUUUGAAACUUGUGUAUGGGUGAAGCGGGAACCUAGAAGAAAUUAUUUUUCCCACAUAUGAGAACUGUCAGAUUUUAUUCUUGAUGAACGGUUACUUUUGACUUUGUGAAUAACAUUUGAAAACUGUUUUCGUCAUUCUCAUCUUCUCAACCUUCUUGUAAACAUUUUUCUGACUUGAGAGUACAAUCACUGUAUGCCACUGUCAACAUUUCAGGUGUUUGUAUAAUUAUUAUUAUGGAUAACUUGAAGAACCUAAAAUAUUGAGCUCAAAACGUGUCUGAAAACUGUAUCAAGCAGAGAUACAUACAGCUACAGGACUGAGAAGCCCCUCAAGAUGUAUGUUUCAUUAUAUGUAUCUACAAGAACCCAAAUGGAAUUUUAAUAUCCAUUUAUUGUUUACCCCAUAAUCUGUACUAUGUAAAAUUGCAAACAAAAGUUUCUAUUCCUUUAUUCCUAAUACUUUCUUUGUCAUAUACCUACCCAAACUUUAUGCAUAUACGAGUUCUCUCACCGGUCAGACUCGGUCCAGUAGUGUAAGUAUAAGAAAAUGAGUAGAUCCAAAUAGAAUUGAAUUUAAAUUGAAACAUCAUCUCUCCCAACUACCUACACAGAAGGUAGUUGGGGUAUAUUUUUAGUUGUGAUUAGUUUUUGGGAGAGAAAGGUGUUUGGCUGUCUGUUUCUCCAUCUUUACAAAAAUAAUAUGAGAAACUUCUGAAGGCCUGAAAAGCGAUCGAUUUCAAAAUAUACUUUACAUAGAUGUUUAUAUCAUGCACGUAAGAUACUUUCAGAUACAAACUGGAAGAAAAAACCCUCAUGAAACAACUACUUUUAUAUUGACAAUUAAAAUUUACACUGUAAAAGACGUUGCAUUGAAAUAUUCAAACAUAGAUUUCUUUCGCUUUAAUUAUUUAAAUAUAGGAGAGCGUUUCCCCUAUUACAUAUUGUGGUGUGCAUUUGGAAUGCAUUUCAGUCUCUUGAUGUCCAAUUCUGCAAAGCCAUUCAAGCAUAUUAAUUCAAAUAACUUGGCAAUUGGUUAGUCGCGCCCAUCAAGAGAUAGUUCGCUUAACAAACCCUUAUUUGUUCGAAACUGGAAAUAUGGUAUUCCUUCAUUUCAGGAAAUUACCCAUUACAAAAGUUUCAUUGAUUCUGGGCCCUUUUGCAUCAGUACUUGUUUAAAUUUAUUUUCAUUCAUUUGACAGAGGUACUGUUGGUUUCUUUCAUGACAAUAAUUUAAUUGUGAAGAAAAUCACUUGUACUGUAGAAAUCAUCAAUUUUAUAACCCUGCCAUUUAGUUGGAAUAAACUAUUUCAUCAGUGGAAUAAAUAGGUUUUUAAAAAUUAUCAUGACGAAUCAUGAUAGUUAUUUAUCAUAGUUCUGUGUGGGGAAAGAUAGGUCUGUAAGUUUUGUAAUAUAUUGUUUUAAAUUAUCUAUUAUUUGUAAAUAAUUGAAAAAAUACCAAAAUUUGGGAGACAGUUUGAAAACUAGGUUCAAAUAGAAACUCUGGAAAACGUUUUUCUCAAAGUGUUGUAGCUGAAGGGAAUGAAAUUUUUCACGGUCUCAUGAAAAAUUAAUAUAUCUGGUGAAAGUUGAACCUGUUUAAUUUUUUUUGUGUUGCAAUGCUGCCUCUUGCUCAAAUGUUUAAUAAGUUUCUCGGAAAGUUAUGGACAUGAAAUACUCUAGAAUCUAGGCAUUGAAAUAGUAACACCCUGUACAUUGCUUCAUAGACCUCAGAGGUUUGAAUUCCGUGAAAAGUUGGAUUUUUGUUGUGAAUAGUUUUAUUGAAAUUUAUUCAUGUAGGUGCAUAUAUGGUUUUUUGUAACUGAGCUAUAAUUUGAUUAGGCAUCCUUUAUUAUUUCCAUUUAUAGGGUUUCUAUCUUUUAUACAUAGAACCUCUUGAUUAUAUUUCCUAAAAAAUUAUUUAUUUUUAAUUGAUCGUUAAACGAAAUGCAAAUAAACAAAUGUUUUAUAGAU